UACCCCCGUGGGCGGCCCUCCUCGUUUCCUAACAUGACGUAGACACAAUCAUGCGGCCGGUUUUGCUGGCACGAGACAUCGUAUAUGGGCCAUGGGGGAAAACAAGGCAUCGAGUCUCGACGCAUUUCCCGCGGUUCCGGUCAACAAGAUCGUUGGCAUCGUGGCGGUGCAUCAAGCAAGAGAGGCCAACAGCGCCUGCCUGGUGAGGGGCUCAUGUCUCGCGGCUGGAACAGCUUGGCUCACACAAUCCAGCUUGAUGUUGUUGUAUGGACUUGGAGAGUUCGGUGCAAAGUGCAGUGUGGUUUGGAGAUGGCUCAGGGGAGGAAACCCAGAGAUGUGGCUGUGUACAGUACUACUCGCUAAGCGAACAUUCACCUGUCGACGUCAUCGGCGCAACCAACCACCGUGGACUAGGCCCAACUUCAUAGCGAGAUGGAGAUGGGGCAUUAUAGAGGGGGAACAGUUGCGCUCGAAUUUUUCCGAUUACCUGCAAGGGGCAUUGAUAGCAAGAGAAAGCAUAACCCCGAGUCGGGAAUAUGUAGAGUUCUCCCAACCCUUGGGAACCCACCGUCCACCCCACACGCCAGGUAACCUCAUGCCGAUAAGUAUUUCCGAACAGGUAACGUGACGUAUCUCCGCUGUGUACAUAAACAACAUAGCCAACGUUCCUGCCUACCAUUGAUCUUACAUCCCGCUUUUCAGCAUGUCGAUGUCAGUGGAAGAAGUUCAGACCCCGCGUGAAGGGUUCCCGCGCCCCGUACCCAACAUACCAAGCAACGUCCUCGAGCAGUUUCGUCUAAAUGGAAAAGUCGUAGUGGUGAACGGCGCGGCCGAUGGCAUUGGCUUAGCUGUCGCAGAGGCAAUGGUAGAAGCGGGUGCCAAUGUUGCCAUGUGGUAUCAUAGGUGAGUUUGACGCAAUUGCUCAUG